ACGUGACCCGGAGCCGCGGGGCCGCGCCUGAGCCGCCAUGUCGGCGCCGCCAGGAGAACCUGGGCCGGGACCUGGCGCGGGCGCCCGGUACUUCUGCACCGCGGGCCGCGGCCUGGAGCCGUUCCUGAUGCGCGAGGUGCGGGCGCGGCUGGCGGCCACGCAGGUUGAAUAUACUUCAGGAAAGGUUUUUUUUACCACCUGUUCUGAUGUGAAUAUGCUGAAGAAAUUAAAAUCUGCAGAAAGGUUAUUUUUACUUAUUAAAAAGGAGUUUCCACUUGCUAUUUCUUCUGUAAGAAAAGGAAAAAUAUUUAAUGAAAUGCAAAGACUUAUAAAUGAUCCAGGAAGUUGGUUGAAUGCCAUUUCAGUUUGGAAAAAGCUUCUUGAACUUGAUGCAAAAAAGGAAAAACUUUCUCAAAAAGAUGCUAACCCACUAAAAAGAAAAGUGGGAGAAAAUGAAAUCAUCAUUGCUAAGAAAUUAAAAAUAGAACAGCUGCAAAAGAUAGAGGACAAUAGGGAAUACCAGAUGGAAAAACAAAUAGAAGAAGAAACUCUGGAGCAAAGAGAUUUUAUCACCAAAAGAGAAAAAUUUCAAGAAGAGGAAUUUCAGAAUGAUACAGAGAAAGCAGCUAUUACUCAUAACCAGAGCAACUUGACUUUCAGAGUUUCUUGUCGCUGCAGUGGAACUGUUGGAAAGGCGUUUUCUGCACAGGAGGUAGGAAAAGUAAUUGGAAUUGCUCUUAUGAAACAGUUUGGAUGGAAAGCAGAUUUGAGGAAUCCAAAUUUAGAGAUCUUUGUACAUCUAAAUGACAUUUACUCUGUGGUGGGGAUUCCUGUGUUCAGAGUUCCUUUAGCCAGCAGAGCUUACAUCAAGACGGCUGGGCUGAGAUCUACCAUAGCAUGGGCAAUGGCAUCUCUCGCUGAAAUUAAGGCUGGUGCAUUUGUUUUAGAUCCAAUGUGUGGACUUGGAACAAUACUUUUGGAAGCUGCUAAGGAAUGGCCAGAUGUGUAUUAUGUGGGUGCUGAUGUCAGCGACUCACAGUUAUUAGGUGCAUGUGAUAAUCUGCAAGCUGCAGGCCUUAAGGAUAAAAUUGAGUUACUUAAAGUCUCUGUCAUAGGAUUGCCAUUGCCUUCAGAAAGUGUUGAUAUUAUUAUUUCUGACAUUCCAUUUGGGAAAAAGUUUAAGUUAGGAAAGGACAUCAAAAGCAUUCUACAAGAAAUGGAAAGAGUGCUUCGUGUUGGUGGAACCAUUGUAUUGUUGCUUAGCGAAGAUCACCACAGGCGCCUUAAAGAUUGCGAAGAAAGCAGCAUCCCUUUAAAUUCCAAGAACAGUUACACAGAUGAACCUGGAAUUAAAAAGUGCUUGAAUCUGGAAGAAACAACUGGCUUAUCAGAGACAGAAUUGUCUUCAUUUGAAGCCAGUAACCAGGAGUGCCUAGAAAAAAUGUCACCAUUUGGCUCUUUGGUACCAGUAGAAUGCUACAAAGUUAGCCUUGGAAAGACAGACGCAUUCAUAUAUAAGUACAAGAAGUCACACUCUUCUGCACUGUAGCAGGCUGGCUGCCAUCAGCCAGGUUCAAGUCCUUACACGUUAUCUGUACAGCAGGAGAAGUUUGCUGGUCUAGGAUUCGUUAUAGUGCCCAGAGUUCCAAGUAAGCAAAUUCCCCCUAAGGCAGGAGGUGUGGCUGAUUAACCACCUUCUUAGUAAGAGUUGCUGCUUUAUACUCUAAAGUGCUUAAUGUUUUUAACAAAGAACAGUUAGUGAAUAUUUUUAAAAGACUCUUAAGUUUUAUAUUCUUUCAGAAUGUGAAAAGAUCUCCUCUGUCGUACAUUGUUUCUGAGCAAAAGUUUCAUCUUCAAAAUGAGUUUUCAAGGGUUACGUAAGUGUAUCACAAUCAAUACAAAGAUGUUGAUAUUUUAAUUAUCAGAUUUUUAGAAAUACAGAAACUUUUAUAAUGUAACUUCUUUUGAUAUUUAACUUAAUUUUUGAGUCU